GUCACAUUAAAAUUGAAAAAUCACAAUUAAGUAAGACCGGAAAUCGGAAUAAUUUGGAUAGGCACCAUGGCUAGUAUUACCUUCAAGAAUCGACCCACGCAGGUGUUGCACACCUACCAGGUGUGGCGCAUUGGCAGCAAUGUGGACGACAAGAGUCUCGACUACUGUCUGGCCGACAAGUCGCUGGACAAAUUCCAUGCCAGCCUGACCCGCGGCGAGAAGGGUCUGUUCCUGGUCAACGAGAGUCGCCACGGCAGUGUGGCCGUGAAUGGAGAGCGAGUAGGAGGUCCCGUGUUCAUCACCUACCGCGAUGCCAUCAACGGCAUUGUCAAGCUCCGAUUUGGCCGUGUCGAGGGUUAUCUUCGGGUUUCGGGCAGCCUUACUGGCUAGCACUCAUAUCAGUCAUUCUUUCGCUAUGUCACUUUUUAAAUCGUUCGUUUCGUUUAUACCAAGAUGUACAUUUUCACGGGUAACCCAUCACCAAAUUUGUAUGCUUAUUAUAAAUGUAUAGA